AUGAACAAAAAUAUCGUUGUACUGGGCGCGGGUAUUUCGGGUCUGUCUACCGCAACUUUUUUAUUACAACAAGAAAAAGAUAUUAAAAUCCACAUAAUUGCAAGUAUUUUUCCGAAUGACCCAGAAGCUUCAUCUAAUGAAUAUACGAGCACUGUUGCCGGUGCACAUUGGAGAAGUCAUGCUGAAAAUGAUAUUAGACAGCAAG